AUGCCGCCCCUGCACCUCUCCUUCUCCGCCUGCGGCUUCCUGGGCGUGUACCACCUGGGGGCGGCGACCGCGCUGCGGGGGCGGGGCCUGCUGCGUGACGUCACGGGACUCGCCGGCGCCUCGGCCGGGGCGCUGACGGCCGCCGUGCUGCUGACGGCGCCGGGGCAGAUCGAGGCGUGCACUAAGUUCACGUACGACCUCGCCGAGGAGGCCCGCGCGCGCGUGCUGGGGCCGGCGACGCCCGGGUUCGAUCUGAUGUCGCGGGUGAGGGCCGCCCUGGACGCCGUCCUUCCCCGGGACGCGCAUGAGCUCGCGCGCGGACGGCUACUCGUGAGCGUCACCCGCGUCGCCGGCCUGCAGGGCCGCCGCGUGAGCGACUUCGCCUCCAGGGACGAGCUCAUCACGGUUCUCCUGGCCAGCUGCUUCGUUCCCGUGUACGCGGGACUCAAGCCCGUGGAGCACGCGGGCCAGCUCUGGAUGGACGGUGGCCUGACCGACAGCCUCCCCGUGAUGUCCACGGGACGCACCGUCACCUUCUCGCCCUUCGCUGGAAGCGCCGACGUGUCGCCGCGGGAACACGCGUGGGCGUGUGUGAGCGUGGCCGGGCAAGACGUCGCGGUGUCCUGGGCUAACCUGGUGCGCGCGCGGCAGGCGAUGUUCCCGGCGUGCAGACAGACGCUGGAGGCGAUCUACCACAGGGGGAUGACCGACACUGUGCGCUUCCUGCGUGAGGAGCUCCGCCCUCCGUAGACGCGGGCGCGUGUAGCCAAGGCUGGCCCGGAGUGCGUGUACAUGUGCGUGCCGUGUGCACAGCGCUCACCGUCCAGCACUGGCCCCGUGGCUUCUUGCUACAUGGAUCGUCCACCGUCGCCACCAUCGCGAGGAAUUGAUUAUUAAAUAAAGAUAUUGAUGGAAUUGAUUAUUAGAUAAAGAUAUUGACGGGAUUUAUGAUUAAAGAUAUUGAUGGAAUUAUUAAAGAUAUCGAUACAAUUUAAUAUUAAA